AUGGAAUUCAGUGAAAUUAUGCUUAGUUGGAAAGACGACUGGCCUGAACUGUUUGAUAAUAUUUUAUGGUCAGAUGAGGCUGUUUUCCAUGUUGGAGGGUUUGUCAAUCGGCAUAACUGUCAUUAUUGGGCUAAUAAAGAUCCAGGUAUGACAAUUGAAAGGAUCCAAUCACAACCAAAAAUCCUAGUGUGGUGUGGAUUUACUUCAACGGAAUUUAUUGGUCCAUAUCUGUUACGUGAUACCAUGAAUGGUGAACGAUAUCUGGAGAUGUUAGAAAGUUUUGUAUGGCCUACAAUCAGUCAAUGGAACAACAUUGAUGAACUCAUAUUUAUGCACGAUGGUGCUCCAGCACACUAUACUCGUACAGUCCGGAAUUGGCUUGACAAUCAUUUUCCUUCGAAAUGGAUAGGUCGACGAGGACCAACAUCAUGGCCCCCAAGAAGUCCGGAUCUAACUCUGUGUGACUUUUUUCUUUGGGAUUGGGCAAAAGAAGAGAUAUAUAAAACGAAUCCAAGAACUUUCAUGGAAUUGGAAGAACGAAUUCGUACUGUCCUUAGCAAUGUUCCACAAGAAUUUCUAAAGAAUUCAAUCAACAAUGUUGAAGUUCGAUUACACAAGUGUAUCGACAACGAAGGUGCCUAUGUGGAAAUUUGA